AUGGACAACAAGGAAACUGAUGAUUACAUCGCACGCGGGGGGAAAUACCAUUGUAAAUCCUGUCCGCUCGCAAGGGGGACGGUUGACUGGCGCAAGCAUUGCCAAACGGCAUCACACAAGCGAAACUACGAGCGCGCGGCCGGGCUCAGGUUAUCUCGAGAGGCGGCCGAUCUCGCUCGGGCCACCGAGGAUCUGGAACCGGUGGAAGCGAGCGCGAGAGAUGGCACUGAGCAGGAGGCCGAAGAGGCGGCGCAUGCCGACCGGGUUUGGGACGCGAUUGAAGGGGUCGGGGUCCUCAAUGAUAACGUUCGCAGCACCUUCAAUCCUUGGUCGAUAGAGGAUGAUCUCGAUAAGAUGGAGACUUUGAACGCUUUACGAGAAGGGGAUCAGGCAGGCGGUCGUGCCCACCAAGUAAAUUGGUUGGAGAUCAUCAAUCGGGGAUCAACAUGUGAAGGGACCGAUGCCGCUGGGGCAACAGAAGAUCGAGAGGUGCCAAUAAUCAGGACGGACAAGAGGUCUAAUCGGGUCAACACCUCAAUGUGGUUCCCUUUCAAGUCCAAGCUGGACCUUGUGGCAUCCUUGAUCAUGGGGCAUACACGCUCUUUGCUUUCCAAAGCUAUAUACACUAAAAUCCGUGCAAUUUUGACAGGUUGUGCAGUCAAGCUGGCAACAUGGGCAACUGUGCAAGCGUCAAGGGACAGGAUCAACAAAUUGUUGGGGUGUGAGAUACUCCCUCAUAAGUCGGUUUUUGACACACCUUGCUUUUCUCUUGGGGCUCGACACAUUCUCCAACAGGAGCUCGGCAACCCGCUGGUCACUAGACACCUGGAAUUUUAUCCAGAGUGGUGUGAUGGGGUCAAUAUAAGCAAGUUUUCACAAUCCACAAAGUGGCUUGCAGGGCUGUCUCCGCAAAACCGGCCGCAAAUGUGUGAAGUCAAGGGAAAGCACUACUACAUCUAUGAGCCUGUGCAACUGAUCUCAAAUGAUGUAGUCAUCCCAAUCUUCUUUUUUAAUUAUAAGUCUUCUUUACAUGCAAAGUGCUUCAAACUCAAACAUGAACACAUCAACAGUCAUAACAACCGCCUAACAAUCACAAUUCCCUCCGACCUUGUCUUUGAGCAUCCAGAGCUAUCAAUUAUCCCCGUGGAGGAUUUCAAGUUGAUUUAUUCGUCAAUUAGGCUAGGGAAUGGGAAACUCUUGUGGGAGCAAUGUGGGCGCAAGAUUUGUGUAUCAAACGGGGAUCCUGAGGCGGCAUUUGUGAUCCCAAAUCCUUGGAGGGAUCGAGCUCGCGGGAAGAUUGUCCGCAAUGUUCCGAUAAUCCUGUAUGCAGAUGACACCUCAGGGAAUGUCUCAAAGCAGUUCAACAAACACAUUUCAUUUUAUUUCACUUUGGCCGGGCUCCCACCACACAUCUCCAAUCAAGAGUACAACUGCCACUUUCUAUCAACUUCAAAUCUGGCGAGUGUUUGUGAAUUGUCUGAACAGAUUGUCAAGGAAUUAAAGUGGCUGAUGAGUUGGGCAUUUGAUCAAAGUAUCUCACAGCCAGUUUUGGUGAACACCAUUGUCUUGUGUUUUUUGGCUGACUCCCCAAUGCAUGCCGAGAUCACAAAUACUCCUAACCCUGGGACUUCCCUCAAUCCUUGUCGGAUGUCAAUUGAAUCCAGGUCGCGUUUGGGCGGAGACAAGGGAGCAAUCUCAUAA